AUGGCGCCGCGGCUGCCGCGUCGACCGCUCGCUCCCUGCUAUCUUGGACCUCCAAAGGAGGUGGACACAGUGCCCGAGGGUUAUGCCCGUGUCUACCACAACAGGAGGCGAACCUCUUGGACAGACUACAAGCUCGCCGAAACGGGCGACGACUUGAGCUUGUCGCGGCAGUCCACAGCGGAUACAGAUAUCAGCAUGGAUCCCAAGCAGCAACCUGACGGGAGUUUCAGCAUGACUCCAUCUACACAAGAGCUCCUCGCUCAGCUGGAUGCAGAAAAGUGCAUCGGCUGUUGCAUGCAGCGAAGCAGGAUCCUCCAUGAAGCCUUGACAUACUGUCGCAUUCCUGGCUAUGUCCAGCCAUGUGCAGAAGACGGUUGGUCUCCUUUGCUCAUUGCGACGCAACGCCGGAACUACAAUGCCGUGCAGACCCUUCUUGCGCAUGGUGCAGAGGUGGACUGCAAGGAGCCACAAAGCGGUUGGACGCCUUUGAUGUUUGCAGCAUCUCUUGGCGAUUGCGACAUCGUGAAGAUCCUGCUUGACAAAAACGCUUCCAUCAACGAGUUUGCCAGUCCGCACGACUGGAAUCCACUCUGUUGUGCGCUCCAGGCCAACAACAAAGAUGUGGUGCGCAUUCUUCUCGAUGCCGGUGCUGAUGUCAGCUUAAUCAAAAGGAGGCAUCCUGCGCUCGCGGAGCUGUAUGAGUGCGAGCUGGAAGACGUGUGUGGAACUCCUGUGAGUGGCCGCUAG